UGUUCGGUGAUGAUGACAAGAAGAAGGAGACUGCACCUACUCAGCCUACCCAAGACACAAAGCCCGCUGAGAACAGUAAGUGUCCAGCAUUGCAUUUUGCGCAAUCUCACCAGUAAUUGACAUGCUUUUCAACAGAGCCCGAGCAGACACGCGAUGUCACACAGCCUCAGUACUCUUCGCCUGCUCCUCCAGACUCGUAUGCUCAAGCCCACCAGCAGCAGUCAUACCCACCUCAGCAAUACCCUCCCCAGAACCAGCCUCCCCAGCACCAGCAGCCAUAUGGCCAGCCCAGUCCUAGUCCCUACGGUGGACCAAGCCCUGCGCCCUAUGGCCAAGCUGCUCCUCCACCUUCUGGUCCUCCCCCACCUCAGCAAGGUGGCCAGCUUCCUCCUGGCUGGGUCCAACAGUUCGACCAGCAGAGCCAGCGCUUCUUCUACGUGAACCAGGCCACUGGUCAGACCCAGUGGGACAUGCCUCAGCACCCUGUCUCCCAGAACCAGUACUCCUCGCCUCCUCCUCCCACUGGUGGUGCCUACGGUGGUUACCAAGCUCCUCCUCCCCAGGGACAGUACGGUCAGCCCAGCCCUAGCCCUUACAGUCAGGCUCCUCCACCUCAGGGUCAGUAUGGCGCUGCACCUCCUCAUGGCGAUCAGUCUCGCGGACAGGCAAACUCCUUCUACGACAGCUAUGGCGGUGCCAUGCCGUCUGUUCCUCCUCAAGGCCAGCACGACACACGCUCCAACCAGUACUAUGGCGAUGUCGAUAACAAAGAGAAGGAUAAGAAGAAGGACGAGAAGAAGAGCGGUGGCUAUGGCGGUGCCCUGGGUGGAGCUGCCGCCGGUCUGGUCGUUGGUGGCAUUGGCGGUGCACUGAUCGCCGACGCCCUCGACGACUCGGACGACGAGAAAAAGCACGCUGCCGCUCCUGCAGCCGCCGCACCCAGCUACGCUCCCGCUCCUACCAACUACGCACCUGCUCCCGAUCCGUCGUACGGCGGCUACGGCGCUCCUUCUCAAGACCCCUACGGAUACAGCGCCCCUGCUCCAGUCGCACAGCCUUCAGGUUACGGCGGAUCUGCCUACGAGCCAGGUCUGUACGAUGAGGCUCCCCUGCCUGACGAGACACGUUCCGGAUCAUCCGUGUCCAGCAGCGACCGCGAGAGUCUCGAGGAGAAGCGUGAGGAGUUGCGCGAGGCCCAGGAAGAGUACGAGGAGGAGUAUGCCGAGACGUACGAUGAUUAGAUGUUCAAAUGGAGCCGCUUCGGUCGAUAGACAGGCGGUCUGAUCAUACUCGGCCGAGUCUCACUCAUCGCGUUGAUGGCAUUUGACAAAAUGUCGUCGCGGAGGUGCUGAUAAUUUUCCGGUAGAUAAGGAUAAAUGAACAUGGAACAGGUUGUUCAAGUACUU